AUGGCUCGAUAUAUAUAUUAUAUUAUGUUAUAUUAUCUUCGUUUCUUGCAUCAGCAAUUGUCCCCCUUGCUGUGUACGCGUGGUGGUGGCGCAUUAUUGCCCGGAAUCGGGUGGUCAAACGAACUCGGGAGUGCCAUACCGCUUGGCUACCUGGAGGUUCCGCGUCAUUACGUUAUUGAGGGCGUGUUGUGGUGUUGUGGCCCUCUUCCUUUACUAGUCGAGCGGAUGAAUCCAAGUAGCGGGGCACUGCGUUCUCUGCUUUCCCUGCCUUCUGGCGUUAUAUCUUCGGACAUUUACCACACGGUGAUUAUGGUGAGUGCUUGUGUUAAAAAGGCUUAUCGUUUCUACUGUUAUGUGUGCUUGCGCUUUUGUUUUACAGCUUUACGCGCCGUUUAA